UUGAUAAUUAAUAGAUAUUACAAAGGAAAAUGGCCGCCGAUGUGGUGUAUAUCAAAGAAAGUGUUCUGUGAACUAUCAACUCUCCAGCAAAUAAUAAAUUUACACCGAUCAGAAAUUGUAUGCUGUGAUCCUAAUUAAAUAAUUAUAAAAUAUUUUGUACUAGAUAUCGAGUGUGUGACAAUAUUCGAUCUCUAGUCCAGAAUACUGAUCCGAAAUUUUAUUGCAAGUAUGAAAACGACAUGGCGGACUACUAAUCAACCAAUGGGAAGCCAGCAUCGGAGCGUUUCAGAAUUGAUAUACUCGUAUUUCGCGUCAUUACGUUUUUGGUGCCUUUCUUCAUUUACAAAUUGAAAUUGUCUUCUGUUAUCAGUCAGUGAUUUGAUUGACUUAUAUUUAAGUUGGAAUAAAGGAUCUAGUGAAUUAAGUGUAAGAGUAGUGUGUGACGUUCAAUUUGUGGAAAGCAUUAAAAACUGCUGGGAUCAUGACUGCGUUGGAUUUAGGUUGAACUAAAAUGCAAUUCCAUCGGUUUGUUUUUGUAAACAAGACUAUGUUUUUGUGGUACACGUGCGAAACAGUACAUAAUUGACAGUUGCUAUCAAUGAUGUCGGGAAGGGGGGCAAAGAAACGCGGGAGGCCCCCGAAAUCGGGUUGUUUUGAAAAGAACAGAAAAUUCCAAUAUCAUUUAUUGAAAAAACCGAAAUAUUUACAAGGUCUUAAUGUGGGAUCCACUUCUCUUGUAAGCACGCCUUCUGCAUCUAGAGCAUCUUCUCCACAAGGCAGUGAUAUUAGCAGACGAAGUACGCGUAAACAGAGAGGAGGAAAAUCUCAUAAGAGUAAGAGAGGUGGUUUGUCAAGUGCAUAUUCGCGAAGAGGCUAUAAUCCACAAGCCGCGGACUAUCAUGAGUCGGAAUACCAUUAUGGGUCGGAUUUUGGAGACGAAUAUAGUGAUAGAUCUGAACCAGAAGAUGAUCGCGCCAGCGAAACUUCUGAAGGAAGCGUUGGCGAAGGGGCCGCCAGUGACAGCGACUUUUCUGUAAGUAGUUACAGCACAACAGGGGGCAUUGUCAGGAAAGUUGGCAGCAAUGCAAUUCGGGUACCUAGUCCAGAUCCUCUGUGGCUACAAGACGAAAGGCAAAUCCCUCCAUUAGAGCUUCCUGCAUCAUCAGAUGAUUUAGUCAUCCCCCAAAAUUUAAUUUUACAAGUAGUUGGUAUUUAUGAAGUUUUGCGGCACUUUAGACAUUUGGUGAGGCUGUCUCCGUUUCGUUUAGAAGACUUGUGUGCAGCUUUAAGCUGUGAAGAUCAAAGUAAUCUACUUAUAGAAGUACAUAUAAUGCUGUUGAAGGCCUUACUGAGAGAAGAAGAUGCUCAACAGACUCACUUUGGUCCUUUGGAUCAUAAAGAUAGUAUAAAUAUUACUCUAUUUUUAUUGGAUGUCAUGACAUGGCCUGAAAUAUUAAGGAUCUAUGUAGAGAGUGACAAGUCCUUUGAUCAAAAUGUGAUAAAAGUUUUGAACUCAUGUGAAUACCCAUUUACGUCUAUAGAGGACAGGGUAACAGUACUACAGUUUUUAUGCAAUCAAUUCCUAAUCACAAAUCCUGUACGCGAUGACCUGUUGAGUGAAGUUCCUAUACAUUAUGAUGAUCACUGUAGAGUAUGUCAUCGUUUGGGGGAUUUGUUGUGUUGUGAAACUUGUCCAGCUGUAUUCCAUUUGGAAUGUGUGGACCCACCAUUAGUUGAUGUCCCAUCUGAAGACUGGCAGUGUGCUCUUUGUAAGCAACAUAAAACUAUUGGUGUAACUGAUUGUUUGCCUGAUGCUGAAAAACAAGGUUUACUUUGUCGUCACGAACAUAUGGGUUUCGAUCGCCAUGGAAGAAAGUAUUGGUUUAUUACUCGUCGUAUAUUUAUAGAAGCUGAAAAUGGCGAUGUAUGGUAUUAUACAACACCUCAGCAGUUCCAAGAACUAUUAAAUGUAUUAGAUGCUGACGAAAUGGAAACUCCCCUGGUCCGGGAACUAUUAGAAAUGAGACAAGAAAUUACUAGACAAAUGGAAAUUACAGAACGAUUAACAAAUCAAGCAAAAGGAAAUCGCAAAUCCUACCUAGAAGUAGAAAAUUCUAAUAUUAUAAAACAAAGAAAACUGAAAGAAGAAUUAAGGCAACAAAAUGAGCAAAAUGUCGGAUUGAAAAUUGAAGAUGAAAAAAUGGAAAAUGAUUCACUUGUAUCUGAUGAUGUGGUCAAUGAAGUUACGGUAACUAGUGAAGACAUAUCACAUGUGGAUAAUGAAGAUUCACAGCCCGACGUCACAGAUGAUGACGAAAUGAAGAAAAAUAAAACUCAUAAUAAUAAAACUAGAUCAUCAUUAACACAAAAGAAAACUGAUGAAGUUUCUGAACGAGUAACACGUUUAAAAUCAAAUCAAAUAUCAAAUGGAUCAUACCUAUUUAAAUUAGGAAAUGAAAAUUCGUUUAAAAAUUAUGUAAAUCAAUAUUCGAUCAAUCCUCUUGCUUUGAAUAAACCUCAAAGAAAUGAAGAAAGAGAUAAAAAGCGUUACAUGGCGCACAAAUUUUCUUUAUCUUCAGGACAAGAAUUUAAAUGGGUUGGACUUCUUAAUGCUACAAAACCAUUACUAGUCGCUACAUUGAGACAAACUUUGUUACAACUAGAAUCCAAUAUAGUGAUACAGUUUAUGCAUCCUAAUUGGUCAUUACUAAGAAAGCCUUGGGUACAGGCAGUACAACUAUGUCAAGCCCCACGGGAUUUUUCUAGAGCUCUUUGUGUUUUACAAGCAUGUAUAAAAAAUGUUGUAUGGAUGCCGGCUUGGCACGAACAACUUGGCCAUGUCAAAUUGAUACGAACCACGGCCUUAGAGCGUGAAGAACGUAAAAAACUAGAUAAACGAGAGAAAAAAGAAAGAGAUGAAGAAGAAGAACGUUACAGAACUGGAUAUAAUUUUGUUAAAUAUACAUUAGGUUUCCGCCAUCAGGUAUGGAAGCAAAAAGGAGAAGAAUACAGAAUUCAUGGCCAAUGGGGUUGGUUAUGGAAUUCAACCACUAGAAAGUUUAAAAAGCAUAACACAACUCCAAAAUUGAACCUCAGCAAUGGACCUGCUAAAAUUGCAGUUAGAGUGAGGGAAGGAAAUACAAUUAAAGUAUUAGCUGUUGAACCUAAAACCUAUGAGUAUUUAAUUUCAGAUAAAACUGUGAACAAGGAAGUUCUUGAUAAAUUACCCCCAUCGAUGCGUAACUUAAUUGUAGAAAAAGAAGAUGAUAAUGAUUUUGAAGAAAUUGAUGUAGAAAAAUCUUUGAGUUCUUCUACAAGAAGAUAUUAUCCCAAGAUUGCAAAAAAAUCGAAAUUAGAUGAUUUUUUAACUCGCCGCACGUACUUAAAAUUCAUGGAAGAAAAGAAAAUUGCUAAUUUAUUAACCAAAGUGAAAAAAGAAGAUUUAGAUGUUAAAAUUGAAGAUGAUAAAAAUAUUGAUGUUGAGAAUGAUGAACCCGAAACCGAGAUUCCAUCUAUCUGCGAAACACCAAAUGAACGAAAACAGAAUAUCAAAGAUGAUGGCACAAAUAAAACUGCCGAUGCUUUGAGGGAUCGAUACCACAAAUUGGUUGAAUUGACAAAACAUUACAAAUGUUAUUCAAAUAACUGUAACAAAAUGGAGUCGUCAAGUUUUCUACAAGGGUCAGCUUUAAAAAUUAAUUGUUAUUCGCCAUUGUGUAUUCUCAAAACAAAGCUGUUAAAUGAAUUAUUGACAGUAUUAAAAGGCGGUAUUAACAACUGUUCUAGUUUAUUAACCAACUCAAAAGAAAACACAAAAAUGUCAAUUCUUGAACAGUACUUAUUAGGAAAAAGUUCAUUUUCUACUGUAAACAAUAAUGAGAAUAUUUUGACAGAUUUGUUAUCUGCUGUAGCCUGUGCACAAGAAUGUGAUAAUAAAACCACAGAUGGUUUUGUAAAAAGAAAAUUAAGUAGUGAUUGUGAUGCUGUUGUGAAGUCUGAAAAAGAUGAUGAUGCAAUGUCUUCUCUUAAAUCAGAGAGUACAUUAGAAGAAUCAGCUGUACCAGCAGUAGGAAAUGAAUUGGAUAUCGAUAUUACUUGCAAUAAUAGUGAAGAAAAUGAAGUUGAAAUAGGCCCUUUGAAGGAAUUGACUGAUCCUGAUCAGAAUAUUGAUGAUACUGCAGUUGAUCUCGAUUCUGAUAAAGCUAGGCCUCCUAUACCGAAAUUAAGGAUAACUAGAGGUAGAUCUUCGAAAGUAUCAAGUAACUCUUCUACAAUAACAAGUGACAAUAAUAAUAAGGAAUCUACAUCCUAUAAAUGUUCAGUAACACAGUCUAAAAAUGAGGAAGCUAGCAAAUACCGUGCUACAAUUAAUAGACGUUUUGGACUUAUUAAACCGAAAAGAGAAGAUAAACUUGUCAAAGAAGAGAAAGCUGAAGAUGGUUUGAUAAGGAUUUAUUCAGCAGACAGCCCCCGUGGUAAGAUAUACCUGAAAAGAGUACAAACUUCAGCACUAGACAAAAAGAAGAAAAGAACACCAGUCAAGUAUCCACUGUGUUCCACUUUCCACACAAGAAGUAAAGCAAAAACAUUAAUGGUUUUGCCACAUCAUGAAUUAAGAAAAAUUUCGAGGCAAGCUGGUCAUAGCACUGUUUCUGGUUUUAGUCAUAGUGCAAAACCAAAUCAAGCUGUGUGGCCAUAUCCAUGUGCAAGACCUUUAUUCAAAACAUGCUGGUUAUAUCGCACUGUAAAUUUGCAGUGGUUAGCAAGUGCGGCAUUACAACUUCGUAUAAUGUGGGCUUGUUUACGAUGGGAUGAUAUGGCUGCUAAACCAGCUACAGCUGACGGAAAACAUCAAUUAACAACGGAUACAGAAAUUGUUUCUUUAGAGUUAUUGAAACAUCGUCAUAUAGGACAGUUUUCCGAACGUACACAGUAUCUUCGUCGCCGAGUAGUUAUCCCUUUAGAAUUACCAAAAACUGUACGGGAAGUAACAUCAAUACGUAGUGGCUUGCGGAAAAGAAAGCGCGCUGAAUCACCUCAAAAUACUGAACCUCAGGUUUCUGAAGAGUGGGUCGAUGAGGAUAAAUUGGAAUUAUGGGAAGUACGUCAAUAUGGUGAACGCACUGAAAGGGCGACGCCAGUUACUCGCACUUCAACUGGUAAACUACCACAGCGAACACCAGCUGCACCACCCCCCAAUGCCUCAGACCUUAAGGAUAAGAUGGAGCAACAACUACGUGAACAAAGAGCUGCACAUCAACAAAAAAGAGCACUUGAAACUUCUCAGGAGAAAUCAAAGUCCACUCCUAAUCAAAAUUCUGGUAAAAGCACCCUUACUUCAUUGUUAACCACAAAUGCAAGUACACCAACUGGACAAAAAACCGUAAUAGGCACCAGACGGAUUAUCAUGACUAAAGGAGUAGAUGGUUCAACGAGGGUUAUCAGUCAACCUAUUACAACAACCACAAAAAGUGGACAAGUUACAGAAGUCCCACCAAAAACAACAGGAACACCACAAAAGGAUGGACCACAGAAAGUGCAAAUAAUAAGGGCACCAGAUGGAAAAAUUACAGUUAGGGGAUUGCUGGCUGGACAACAGUUAAUACAAAUGCCUGAUGGAAAAUUGCAUGUCGUGAUGGCUGGUCAACAAGGAAUCACUGGUCAGCUUGUGGCAGCAUCGCCUGCUUCCAAAGUCUCAGACAAUGAUAAAGAAGACAAAGUGUUAACAGCCAAGACCACAACUGAAGAUACAAAGGCCUCUCCGCGCGUCGUUCCACAACCGACACAACAGAUCGUUCUACAGGGUAACCGGCAGCUAGUAGUACAACCAUCGCAACAGGUGGUAGUGCAACAACCGCAGCAAGUGGUCGUCCAGUCGCCGCAACAGGUGGUAGUACAAAGCGGAGCGAGAGCGAACCUGCAGCCGCGCAUGCAGGCCGUGCAGACGGUGCUGGUGCAGGGUCAGCUGCUACAGCGGCCCGCCACACCCUCCGCGCCCGCCCCAACUCGUUCAUCCCUCUCUCGCACGCAGACACCCCGCGCUCGCCCCGCCUCUACUCAGCAAAUCGUGGUCAAUAAUCCCGUUCUCGUACAGCAGAUCGCGGCUGGUAAAAUACAAUUGGCAACUGUGAAUGGACAGCAAGUCUUGAUUCGACCUACUGGAAACAACCAAGCACAGAUAGUAGCGCACAUAGGACAGAGCCCGGCAGUGGCGACAACGCCGCGUGCGGCGCCGCCUCCGCCGCCUGCUGCGCCUCCACCGACACCUCAGCCCCCACAGCCGGCUCAACAACAACCGCUCACUGAAGAUGAGAUCGUUGAAAAGCGUCUACUAGUGGGUCAACCACCAGGCACUGUCAUAAAGACUGUCACAGCACAGGUCAUGCAAACGAGUAGUGGUCCUAGUAUAGUAUUGCAAGGGUUGCAUGGUUAUUCAUUAACACCUCAACAAUUGGCUUUAGUACAACAUCAAGUAAAACAGCAGUUAUUGAAAGCACAAGAAUCAACGGGUAAACAAGGUAUGCUGGGUCCGAGGAAGAUGUACUUAGCGGUACAGCCAGCGCCGAGCGGAGCGAACUCGGCGAGUGGACCUGGUGCGGCGCCGCCACUGCCGCCACUGGCGCCAGUAGCUGCACCAGUGUCCGCCCAACCACUGCACGCGCUGCAGCCACUGCAGUCCGUGUCGGUGCCCGUGCCCAUGCCGCAUCAGGGUGUUAAUGAAGAAGAACAAUUAAAGAAUCAACCACUUCUAAAUGGUGACGAUAAAGAAAUAAAUUGUCACAAAACUGAAGAAAUAAAGGGAAAUAAUAACAAAGCAGAUAUAGUUAAUUCCACUCAGGAAGGAGUACCCGGUAAUAAGUUCGUGCUUACACCAGACUAUAUACAGCAGACGAUCAAAAGUGCUUUGAAGCAGGAAAACCUGAAUCCUGAAAUUGAAGAGAAACUUCUGCAGCUUCAACGGUAUCAGGAGAAACGUAUGAAACCUGAACCGCACGUGGAGCGAGAGCCGAGAGCGAUUGCCGUCUCAACGCAAUCGCCAUCGCCACCGCCGCGGCGCCGCGCCUUGUCUUCCCGCCAUGAUGAUGACGAUGAGUGGGUCGAAAGCAGUCCACGCAAGCGAUCUAGGGCGGCGCGCCAGCCAACGCCGCCACCGGCGCCGCGCGCCCCGCCCCCGCCCGCUGCCACAGCCGUCGCUCCCGUCACCUUGCAGCAAACGCCCGCCCCAGCCUCCGCACCGGUGCAGCCUCCACCGACCUCACCAGCCCCACUUUCGGCAGUUGAUGAGCGGCGCCGAGCGGCCUCCACUCACUCUCGGUUACAAAUGCUGCUUUAUAAACAUAAGGAGAUGCUGAAGAAGGAUAUAAUAAAAAAACGGGGACUUCUCGAGAAAGAACUAGGCGUAGAGAUACAGAAAGAACUAUCGGCAGAGUUGGCGUUACGUACGCGUGCGGAACGCAGCAAACAAGAGGAAGUGCGAAGCGGUAAGCGACGACAACCGCCGGCGGUUACACGCGAUUCCACGCCGAAAAACGCUAAGAAAAAUGUCAAAAAAGAGAAACUCCUUUGCAUAUGCCGAACGCCGUAUGACAAUACUAAGUUUUAUGUUGGAUGUGAACACUGCAGCAAUUGGUUUCAUGGUGAUUGCGUUGGUGUCACUGAAGAAAUGAGUAAAACUAUGGAAGAAUAUAUUUGUACUGAUUGUCGACGCGCUGAGGAGACCCAAGAAUUAUAUUGUCUCUGCCGGCAACCCUACGACAAUUCACAGUUUUAUAUAUGUUGCGAUCGUUGUCAGGAUUGGUUUCAUGGGCGAUGUGUUGGUAUUCUGCAAUCAGAAGCAGACAAUAUUGAUGAAUAUGUUUGCCCCAAUUGCCAAAAAAAUAAUUCUGUUAAUUAUGCAAAUAUGAAAGAAUUGACGUCUAAAGACUUUGAAAAUUUAAAGAGGCUGGUAAAACAAAUACAAUUACAUAAAAACGCUUGGCCGUUCAUGGAACCUGUAGAUCCUAGAGAAGCUCCUACAUACUAUAAAGUUAUCAAGGAACCAAUGGAUCUACAGACAGUAGAACGAAAAGUGAAUGAACAAACAUAUAGUACUUUAAGUGAAUUUAUUGGUGAUAUGACGAAAAUUUUUGACAAUUGUAGAUACUUUAACCCUAAAGACUCUGAAUUUUAUCGUUGUGCAGAAGGUCUAGAAGCUUUUUUUGCACAGAAAAUUAAAUACUUUCGUGAAAAAUUAUUUGAAUCUACUCAAUGAAAAGUGCCAGUGUAUAGUGUUUUAAUGUGAUUGACUUGGGCUGCAAAAAUAUCAAAAAGACUAUGACUAUGUUGUUGUUUAUUUACGAUUUGUAACAUCUGUAAAUUGUACACAAAUUAAAUUGAAAAUAUAAAUGAUUUUGAUAUCUAUUGAGUAUGUCAGUGGUACCAUUAAAUAUUUAUUGUAUUUAUUUACUGCUUUUCAAAUUCGUAAAUAAAAGCUGACGCGCUCAUUAGAUAUAAAACUCUUGACAGAAUAAUUAUUAUGUAUGUAUACCAUUCUGUGAAAUAUUAUGUUAGCUAGUAUAACUUAGCGACUUUAGUUAUUUUAGUAGCAUUUAGAUUAAGUUAAACCUAUUGUAUGUAAGAAAUAAAUUUUUAAAAUAUACAUCAAAAUUAUGCUUUGUAUUCACUGGUUAUUAAAAAACUGCGUGCUGAAAGUAAACUGAUUUGUAAACGAAUUUUAAAAAGUGGACUGUAAUAUGUAGUGUGUAAAUUCUUAUAUUUUUUUAACUCGAUUUUCGCGGGCGCUGUGAAUCGUGUAUGAAAGCGUAUUAGGAAUUUAAGAUGAGGAAGUUAUUACGGGACAGUGGAAAGAGAAUGUUAGUAAUGGGGACCAUCAACCUCUGAGCACGUAUAUAUACUGUUAGCGUAGGCGGGAUUGCCAUUCCUUUAUCAUAGCUAUUUGGACAUUUUAAGACCAAUGACUUGGAUGAGCGGACGAUCUAUCUACGCUAUCACGCGAAAAUAAGUACAUUCACAACCGAAAAGACAUAUCUAUAGUUCUUAAUGGACGAUAAUAGAAUGGUAAUGCCGUCUACUCUAUCGGUAUACGCUGUCGAGACACCAGUGAGGGAUCAUGAGGAUAAAAGAUAGUAUAACCCAUCCUGACGAAUUCCACAAAAAUUAACCACGAUGGUUUCUAACCGGAACCAUGUAGAGGUUUACUUGAGUGGAUAUAUUGCUAGCAAUGGAUCUGUAGGCUCCCCAAUACUAACACUAUAUACCUACAAUUUGAGCUAUUUAGCCGUUUUAUAGCGACUAGCUGACCACCUUUGGACUAUAUCAUGUCCUUAAACUCCAAGCAUAGCCUCAUAUUAUUUGUUAGUCAUGUGAGGCUAUGUUUGUAAGGGAGAGUAUAUAUUGCUAAGUUAGGUAGAGCCUAAUUUAAAAAAUCUGUUCAGGGUUUGAUACGGAUGAUAUGCCUAAAAAGGUAAAAGCCUUUAAAAAUUAAAAAGAAAACAAUUCGAGUCUAUAAACCUUAUAAUAGACACGGAUUAUUUAAAUA